CUAACGAACUGAGGAUAAGUCUAAUUUCGAGAGUGAGCUGGGGUCUUCCAGGAGUUUCAGGAGUGACUGCUGGGGUCCAGUGGGAAGCUGGUUGCCAUUGCCAUCGGCUUGAGGAACACUGACUCCUAAGAGGAGCGGAGCGGACUUGGGAAGUGGAGGGUUUACAGUCACGUCGCAUAAUCCCUCUCAGGAUACAUCCCGCGGACAGAUUUCCAGGUGGGGUCUGAGCCCCAUUGGAAGCUGACAGCAGCGGGAGACCAGAAGAUCCCUUGGGGGGAAACCGGGCAAUUCCAUGGAGGGCCACUUGCAGAUGAAGACUGUCAGACACUUGCCCAGCUACAGGAGACAAUCGAAGAUGGAGGUCGAGAGGAGGUAUCGCCUGGCGCCCACCAUGUCCAAGCUACGGCUGGCCAGCCGCCUGGUGCGGUGCAGGCACCUCCUGAGGGUGAGGUCAGGUGCCGAGCCAGGCUCCCUGCACCGGCUGUGCAAGAAGAAGUCCUUCACCAACAAGAAGCGAGCCCAUAAGCAGUGGAGUGAGAGAUGGUGGGUCUCGGACACGGCGGUGAUGUGUGUCCUGUACCUGCUAUGCGGGAUCGUGGCGCUGCAGGUGUAUGACGGUGAGAAUGUGGAGGAGAACCUCUUGACCUACGAUAUCGACCACCUGGAGAAGACCCUCCACGAGGAGCUGGUAGGACAGACUCUGGCCAUCAACAAGUUGACCAAGCUACUGAGGAGCUACUUGGCCACGUACUUCCACACUAAGCCCUUGGUCCUGUCCAUCAACGGCCCCACUGGGGUUGGGAAGAGCUACAUGGGGAGGAUGAUCGCCAAGCACUUCAGGUCGACCCUCGAACCUUGGCUCGUCCUCCACCACUCUGCCAAGCACCACUCCCAGCAGGAUCUGAGCUCCCGAGUGCCGGCCACAUUCUCCCGAGCUCUGCGGGCCCGUCGAGUCCCGGUUCUCCUCCUCGACCAGCUGGAACACGCCGGUCCGGAGCUCCUGGACUUCGUCGAGCAGCUCAUGGACUCCAAUCACACCAGCGCCGUCUACAUCUUCCUCAGCAACAUCGGCAGGGAGCUCAUCGCCCAGUCCGCCCGCCACAGCUUCGUCCACAGGGAGACCACCCGCCUGCGGAGGCUCAGUGGGGAGCUGGCCAGGCUGAUGUCCAGGAGGCACCCACUGUGGAGGGAGGUGCAGUUCAUCCCGCUCCUACCGCUGGACCAGCCCCACGUGGUCCAGUGCGCCCGGCAGCUGAUGGAGCGCACGGGCUUCUACCCUCAGGACCCCCGAGCCGAGGCAAUGGCCAACAGUCUGAACUACUACAGGGCCAGGCAACGCCUGUACUCUGAACAGGGAUGCAAGCCCGUGCUGCCGAUGGUCAGACAGCUUAAGAGGGGUCACCGGGACAGGAAAUGGCCGUGAGGGCCACGUAGCUGGUUCUUGGGGGAGGGUUCCCAAAAUACACCGUCGAUGGACUGCCCCACCCGGUCCCAGAGGGGGACGGGACAGUGUGUGACCCACUGCCCCACCCGGUCCCAGAGGGGGAAAGGACGGUGUGUGACCCACUGCCCCACCCGGUCCCAGAGGGGGACAGGACGGUGUAUGACCCACUGCCUAACCCAGUCCCAGAGGGGAGAGGACUGUGUGUGACCCACCCACCCAGUCCCAGAGGGGGACAGGACAGGGUGUGACCCACUGCCCCACCCCGUCCCAGAGGGGGACAGGACGGUGUAUGACCCACUGCCCAACCCUGUCCCAGAGGGGAGAGGACUGUGUGUGACCCACCCACCCAGUUCCAGAGGGAGACAGGACAGGGUGUGAACGAACCACUGCCCCACUCAGUCCCAGGAUUGGGAGGGGUGGGCGAAUGCGGAGGUGCAGAAGGACAGCCUUUAACUCAUUGCUUUUGUGAAGACACCCGGCCACAUAGAUUUAAGGGCUAUCAUCCAAAGAACUGAGUGUCAAGGAACUUACUUCACGUGAACCAGAGGCAAGCAGACAUUGAGGAUUCAGAAAGAACGUCAAGAGCCCAGGAAGCUGAAGGCACAGCAGAGAGGCUACACUCGAAGACAAGCAAGAGGCCAGCUUCAAGGUCCCUGAAGGUUGUGAACCUGGGGUGAGAGGGGAGAAGAACAUCGAAACCUUCAGACACCAAAAUCUCCUUGGAGUUUAGAAGAAUGAGGGGCGCCCUUACUUAAAACAAUUGACAAGAUAAACAUUGAGAUGUUUUCACUGGAGGGAGAGUCUCGAACAAGGGGACAUAACUAUAUGAUAAGGGGCAGGUCAUUUAAAACUAAGCUACAUAGAAAUUUCGGCUCGUAGAGGGUAUGACUCUCCAGAAUUCUCUGCCCUGGUGGGUAGUGGAAGCUAGAUCAUUUGAUGGAUCGAGGAAUAGAGGGAUCAAGGGAAAUGGAAGAGGAGAGGAUUUGAUGCCAGCAGAGAUAAUCGUAUUGAAUGGCGGGGCAGGCUUGACGGCUGAGAGGCCUAUUCCUGCUCCUCUUUCCUUGUGGACCGGGAGCCAAAAGGUGAUGGUGAGUUUGUUGGAUGUGUAGACAAAGCAGCAGGGUUUUGGGUGGCUGGAUGAGGGAUGGAGGAACAUUGGAAAGGUCAGGUCUGGAGCUAACUGGAGGAAGGGUGUUUGAGCUGAGGUCAGGAGAAGGUAGGGGUGGGUCAUGUGAUGGAGGACCACUUGUGACCCAAACCUUAUCUCAGGGCAAAAGGAUGCCAGGGAUGAAUGAUCUGGUUUCAGGCAGUUGUCAGGAUGGGCAAGGUGAGUAGGUGGUACUGAAGGCAGGUGUUGGGAAAAGCCAGGACUCUGUACUACCUCCCCUAGUCUUAGCUGGUACCUCCGCUCUGUAAAGAUGGUACUUUUGUGAGACCACUGCAGUCUAAGCUUUCACUUGCCUCUUGAUGGAAUCACAUAGCACGGAAACAGGCCCUUCGGCCCAUUAUCUCCAAGCCAGCCAUCAAGCACCCAUCCAUCCUAAUCCCAUUUCCAGUCUUCUGUUCCUUGAGGAUUUCAAGUGCUUGUCCAGAUACUCCUUAAAUGUAGUGAGAGUCUCUGCCUCCGCCUCAGGCAGUGCGUUCCAGACUCCAAACACCCCCUGGGUGAAAAAGAUUCCACCUCAGAUAGCUUUUCCCUUUUGUACCACCUUGACGUACUUAUGUUGUCAAAUGCUCGGUCUGGAUGGCAAGCAUAAACAAAAGCUUCUCACUGUAUCUUGGUACAUGUGACAAUAAUAAACAAAUUACCUACUACCAAAGGUGGCCACAAAGCUGGCAGAUUGUAUGAAAGGUCCAUCAUGCCCUCUGGUGCUCCUUGGAGCAAGAAACUCUUGUCCUUAACCGCUUUGGCAUUAUGAGACUCCAGACCCACACAAAGGUUUGACUCCAGACCAUCCAAGGAGACAGACCAGUCAGUCAACCAAUUACCAAUAAACCUCCUGCUCCUUACCUAAAGCCAAUGCCCUCUCUAUACAGGGCGAGGGUUCUCACUAUCUACCUUAAUUAUGUCCCUCAUAAUUUUUGUAUCUCUGAAUCUUCUGUGUAAUGUAUCCACAGGAUAGGUUGGCAGGUCUGGGGUGGGCGACCACAGCUGUCCCAUGCCCUGUCCAUAGCUAAGACACGAGAAUAAACUGACCAGAACCAAGAAAUUAUUCUCAAGCUGUGUACUUCACUGGCUAUGGCCAGUAUUUAUUUCCCAUCCCUAACUGCCCCUUGAGAAGAUGGCGCUGAGCUGCCUUUUUGAACUGGAGUAGCCAUCUACACAACGUGGCCACAAGAGAAGAUCAGAGGCUGGGAAUCCUGCAGUGAGUAACUACCUCCUCACUUCCCCAAAGCCUGCACCAUCUCCAAGGCUCAAGUCAGGAGUGUGCUGGAACACUCUGCACUUGCCUGGGUGAGGGCAGCUUCAACAACACUCAAGAAGCUCGACACCACCCAGGACAAGGCAGCCCGCUUGAUAGGCACCCCACCCACGACCGUUCACUCACUCCACCACCGACGCACAGCAGUAGCAGUUUGUACCAUCUACAGGACGCACUGCAGCAACUCACCGAGACUCCGUAGACAGCACCUUCCAAACCCACCACCUCUAGCAGGGCAAGGGCAGCAAAGACACGGAGAACACCACGAUUGGGAAGUCACCGUCCAGGCCACACACCAUCCCAACCUGGGAAUAUAUUGCCGUUCCUUCACCGUCGCUUGGUCAAAGUCCUGGAACUCCCUCCCUAACAGCAGUGUGGGUCUAUAGCAGUUCAAGAAGGCAGCUCACCACCACCUUCUCCAGGGCAAUCAGGGAUGGGCAAUUAAACGUUGGCUCAGCCUGCAAAGCCCAUAUCUCAUGAAUGAAAAUUUAAAAAACUGCUGCAGAAUGGGGGGCCUCCCACAGUGUUGUUGGGGAGGAUUUGGACCCAGCGACAGUGUUGUAGAGUUUGGUCACGGUAUUCGCUGUCCUUGAUGGCUGAAGUGGUGGCCUUGAAGCAACUUCUGGGAACCUUGAUAUGUCAUCUUGUAGCUUGUUGUAAUCUUGUAACUUCUUGUAAACUUGAUCUUCUCUGGCAUGUCAGAAGCUGAGAGGAGAUGUGAUAGAGGUUUACAAAACGAUGAGAGGCAUAGAUAAGCAAGAUAUAGUCUUUUUCUCUGGGUAGAAAUGUCAUAUAGAAUCAUAGAGUAAUACAGCACGGAAACAGGCCCUUUGGCCCAACUGCAUUGUGCUGACCGAUGUGCCCACCUAAGCUAGUCCAGUUUGGCUAAUAUCCUUCUAAACCUUUCCUAUCCACGUGCUUAUCGAACAGCCUUUUAAAUGUUGCUGUUGUACCUGCCUCAACCACUUUCUAUGGCAGCUCGUUCCACACACGCACCACCCUCUGCGUGAAAUACUAGAGGGCAUAGCAUUAAGGUGAGAAGGGGAGAGUUUAAAAGGGAUGUGCAGGGAGUGGUAGCUACCGGGAAGAGACUUCCGGGACAAUGGUGGAAGCAUAUACAAUAGUGGGUUUUAAGAGGUAUUUAGACAGGCACAUGAACCGGCAGGGAAUGGAGGGAUAUGGAUUAUAUGCAGGCAGUUAGGUUAGGUUAAUUUGGAGUCAUGGAGAGCACAGGCAUUGUGGGCUGAAGGGUCUGUUCCUGUACUAUACCGUUCUUUUGUUCUAAAUGCCACCAAAAUGUAAGGUGUGGCCAUGGAACAUAGAACAGUACAGCACAGAAUCAGGUCCUUUGGGACACGAUGUUGUGCCAAACUAAUUAAACUGGUAAUUAAAUGCCUAACUAAACUAAUCCCUUCUGCCUACACAAGGCCCAUAUCCCUCCAUUCUCUGCACAUUCAUGUGCCUAUGUCAGAGGCUGUUAAAUGCCUCUUUUGUAUCUGCCUCCACCACACCCCAGCAGCAUAUUCCAGGCACCCACCUCUCUCUGUGUAAAAAAAAACCUGCCCCGUGGCAGGUUUUUUACACAGAUAAUGGCUGUCUGCUCUAUCUAUGCUUCUCAUAAUUUUACAAACUUCUAUCAGGUCUCCCCUCAGCCUCUGCUGCUCCAGAGAAAAUAACCCAAGUUUGUCCUUAAUACGCGCCUUCAAAUCCAGGCAGCAUCCCGGUGAACCUCUCCUGCACCCUCUCCAAAGCCUCCACAUCCUUCCUGUAACGAGGAGACCAGAACUGAAUGCAAUACUCCGGAUAUUGGUCAGAGUCAGUACUUGCCCUGUUACCAUAUCUCAGCUGGUAUCACCCUGUGGUAAAUCCCCAAUCUCAAUCAGACCAGUUAAACGGGGAAACAACAGACAGAGGCUUCACUUCACUGGGAUUGUACACGUGCUGUCAGCCUCAUCCUCAGCCCUGAUCUGUCACUUGUCUAGAGGCCACACCUGAAUCGUCCCAGGAAAUAAUGGUGACAUUGAAAUUUAAAAAUAGGAAUACAAUGGAUGACUCAGGGGCUAAAUUUAACAUGAAGAGGAGAUUAUAAACAAAUGGAAUUUACAGAAAUGUUAAUGUGAUCUAUUUUGGAAAAUUACAUAAUGCAUGGUAAAUAAAUGGCUUUGGACAUCAUUGUGAAUGAACAGAGUAUCAUCUCUUCAUUAUAAUGAUGGUAUCUUUGUAUUUUUUGAAUAGGGCAAUGUAAUGUGAGAUCACACUGACACGUCACUCAAAACCAUGUAGAAUGACACAUGUGCCUGGAAUAAUUUCACUCAAAUUGUACGACUUACUGGGUAAUGAUAUAAAAUAAAGAA